AUUUUCCACAGUUUGAUGCCGCGCCUCAAACACACUCACUCCCAUAAAGCACUUGGGCACUACGUGCGAGCGAGUGCAGUCUGGAGAAGGAGUAGUGAAUUGGAAACGAAUGGUUCGCAUUCGUAUCCAUCAUUCGCAUAUGCAGUUCGUUUUCGGGUUUGGACUUCUGGAGGUGGUGAACGGCUACUGCGAAACCGGAAAUUCAACCUCGCAUCGUUCCAUUCCACGCACGGUGUUUGUGGCGAACACGUCUAUGGUGUUUGGAACAUCCGUAGAAGUAGCUGCUGGACUUUGGUAGGACAUUUCGUCGGAGGUGCUACAAGGAAAACAGCGAUGGCCGAUAAAUACUUCAACGGAAUCGGGAAGCAGAAGUAUCCGAUGAGCUUCUACUCGGACGACGGUGACGCCGACAAGGAUCUGAGCGAAUCUCAUGCAGGUAGCGAUAGUCCAUCGUAUACAGCUUCAAGAUAUCCGAAGAAGGAGAUUGGAAAUGAUUUGUCGAAUGAGAUAUCUGCACCUUACGAGGUACCACAAUUUCCCAUCGAGCAGAUUGAGAAGAAACUUGCAAUUCAAAGGCAAAUCAAUGUCAAGGCUUUGGAGGAGAGGAAGAGCCAUUAUGAGCCAUCUUUAGGACAAGCGGACGAUGCUGCUUGCAUCAUAGACGAGCACGAUUUGGUGCCGCACUUUCAAAGGGUCUCAAUUUCCGGAGAAGAUACAAGCGGUAAUGUAAUAUUGCAGGUGCCGUUGGAAGAUUUAGAAUGUGCCUCGAGGUUACUUGUCGAAGCAUUGAAAAUCAGACAAAGGUACAUGAAGUUAUCACAUCAGGCGUUCGCUGCAACAACUGCAAGAUUUAUGAACCCCGAUGGCGAUAACAACCAGCAUCACGACGAUAAACAGACAAUCGAAGAUGCGAGGACUGGAGAGGCUAGAAAAAACAUUAACGACUACGCCAUGAAGCAGUCACAUAGUGAUGCGGUGCUGACGCGUAUCUUAAGAGAUUGCACUUCGGAAGAGCACGGAAUUCAUCCACCAUCUGGAAGUGCCAAUCCAUGGGAGGCUCCGAAUAUACCGGACACUGAACACGUAUUUGAAUCUCAUGAAGGAGUUUUCCACAUCUACGAGAAUGCCGAAGCCUUGGAACUGAAUAAUCCUUGCGAUUUUGCAUACCCAGAUUUGGACACCUUCGUCACAGACAUGAAUAACAUGUGUAACAUGAUUGCUGAUGGUCCAUUGAAAUCAUUUUGCUAUCGUCGUUUGAGUUAUUUAUCCUCGAAAUUUCAACUUCACGUCUUGUUGAACGAGCUCAGAGAGUUGGCCUCGCAGAAGGCGGUGCCGCACAGGGAUUUCUACAACAUCCGUAAGGUUGACACGCACAUCCACGCCGCUUCAUGCAUGAACCAGAAGCAUUUGUUGCGUUUCAUCAAGAAAACUUUGAAGAAUCACGCCGAUGAAAUUGUCACCAAUAACAAUUCCAACCCGAUGUCUUUAAAGGAGGUGUUUCAGUCGAUGAAUCUUACCACCUACGAUCUGACAGUGGAUAUGCUUGACGUUCACGCGGAUCGCAACACUUUCCAUCGUUUCGACAAGUUCAACGCCAAGUACAAUCCGAUCGGGGAGAGUAGACUGCGAGAGGUCUUCCUCAAGACAGACAACUAUUUGGGAGGAAAGUACUUUGCCAGGAUCAUCAAGGAAGUUGCAAGUGAUUUGGAGGAAUCGAAGUACCAGAACGCCGAGCUGAGGCUCAGCAUUUACGGAAAGAGCCGCAAUGAAUGGGAUAAACUUGCCAAGUGGGCCAUAGAAUCCGAUGUAUAUUCCGAUAACGUCCGUUGGCUCAUCCAAAUUCCCAGAUUAUACGACAUAUUCAAAUUGAAUAAGAUGAUGUCCAAUUUCCAAGAGAUUCUAUCGAAUAUAUUUUUGCCUUUGCUGGAGGUAACGGCUCGACCAUCUUCUCAUCCGGAAUUACACAAGUUUUUGAAGUACAUCAUCGGAUUCGAUUCCGUUGAUGAUGAAAGUAAACCCGAGAAUCCUUUAUUUGAGAAGGACAUUGCUUCUCCUGAGAAAUGGAGCGAUGAAGAAAAUCCACCUUACGCUUAUUACCAGUACUACAUGUACGCAAAUAUCGCGGUGUUGAACCAUUUCAGAGCUGAAAGGGGCUUGAACACUUUCGUUCUGAGACCUCAUUGUGGCGAAGCUGGACCCAUUCAACAUUUGGUUUGUGGUUACAUGCUUUCAGAGAACAUCUCGCAUGGUUUGCUCUUAAGAAAAGUACCCGUUCUUCAGUAUCUCUACUAUUUAGCUCAGAUUGGAAUCGCUAUGAGUCCACUAUCCAACAACAGCCUAUUCUUGAACUACCACCGUAAUCCUUUACCCGAAUACCUGGCACGUGGUCUUUGUGUUUCAUUAUCCACCGAUGAUCCUCUUCAAUUCCACUUUACCAAAGAACCCUUGAUGGAAGAGUACAGUAUUGCCGCUCAAGUUUGGAAAUUAUCCAGCUGUGACAUGUGCGAAUUGGCAAGAAACAGCGUCUUGAUGUCUGGCUUCCCUCACAAGAUGAAGCAGUAUUGGUUAGGUCCAAACUACACCAAAGAAGGAGUCGCCGGUAACGAUAUCUCGAGAACAAACGUGCCUGAUAUUAGGGUGGCCUUCCGCUACGAGACUCUUCUUGACGAACUCAACAAUAUAUUCAAAAACCACCGCUAAAUCAAAAAUAACCUUAUAUAUUCUUUUUUUUAUACAAUCAUAUAUAAAGUGAACCAAACCUAUUAUUUUUUUCCCCUCGAUCAUUUUCUUUCUGUUGUUAUUCUUUCAUUUCAGUUCCAAGGUUGUGCGUUUGAAUUAUUAAUAAUGUUAAGGCAAAUACACGGGUUGUGUAUGCAAAUAUUUAUAUUAAUGUGACUUGGGCGCAUUUCAGCAUACGACGUUCUAAAUGAAUGACCAAUAUAAUUGUAGAUAAUAAAUUUGAAAAAAAUGAAAGUUUAUUAUAUAAAUGCAUUCUAGUUGAAUUCAAAUAUAAAGGAAAAAAACGUGAAUCAAGUGAUAAUAAUGAAUUGUAUAGCAUUCGAUGUUCUGAAUAUUUCUGUAUAACAAUAAUUAUUAAUAGAAGAUUAAUCACAUAUAUUUUAGAUGAUUACACGAAAUAACAAAAUCAAUUCUGAUAUGAAAAUAUUACUAUUAUAUACUAUAUUAUAUUACAAUCAUUCAAAUAAUACUUGAUAGAGCUUAGGAUGAAUGAGUGAGAUGACUUUUAACCUUGUAUUUUUAUUGUCUAUAUGAAACGAAUAUUUAAUAAAAUGUUUUAGAAAA